AUGGAGGCUGCCAGAUCACCACAGCCAUCUGUUGUGCCAGAUGGUGAGUUAGCCAUUCCUUGGAGUCUAUCCGCAUUCCAAAAGGUCGCCAAAGAACAUCUACAAGGCAAUUUCUGUUCGCUACCUCCCAUUCAAACUCUCACGUUCAGGCCGCGGGGCCUCGAUAUCAAGAAUCGAGGAAGAGUCACUCAGCCUGAAGGAGCCAUGACGAAAAUGCUUCACGUUGGCAAUAUCAGACGCCAUCAAGUCUUUGCAUUCAUUGACUUGGACAAAAGCCAAAAUCUCCACAUUAGAUACGCCUAUCAACAUUUCGAAGACUCUAAAUUGUUCCGAAUCAGACAGCAGAGCUUGAACUCUGUCGAUUUCGAGGAGCCCUUUUAUGACUAUAGUAAUGCUAAAAGUUCCGACCGCGCCACCAUAGCCAGAUUAAAGGCGAUAAUACUUUAUUACUUCUUGGCAGGAAAGCACCUCCAGCAAAUUGUACUAUACAAAACAUUCUGGCUGGACUUCAAAAACGCCUGCGCUUCCGUUACCGGAAGAAGUGCCCAUUCCAAAUCAAUUUUACCGACUAAGCAACCUACCCCAGCGAGCGAACAGAACAGGACGGCAACACCUGGCAUACCUUCUUCAGCUUCACGAGGUCCGGAAGGAUCACAGUACGACUCAACAAUGUCGCAAAAACAAAAGCAAGAGGAUGAGGACGACAACGAAAGUACUGUUCAAACCUCAACGCAUGGCCCACGCAGCCACUGUCUUCACGGAUCUCUUGAACAACCGCUGUCUUUAAAGCGGGCCACUUCACUAGCCUCUUCUCCAGCUCAGACUCCAAACAAUUCUCGACCCGAGUCUUCUUCCCUUCAUCUUAAAAAAGACAAUAGACGUCUACAAAACGCUCUUCAAGCAAAGAAGCUUGAAUCAAUACAGCUCGUAGAGAAGAUCAAAAAUCUAACCAAUAAGAACAUCCAACUUAACAUGCGGUGCAAUGCUGCUACCGCAGUAGGAAAGCAAUUCAAAGCACAGAGACACCAGCUCGCUGCCGAAAUCAAGAGAAUUCGGAGCUUCUGCGAUUACAAUGCAAAUGCGUACAAAAGUCUCGAGCAAAAGCACAACACGAUCCAGUCACAACUAGUCACUAUGACAUCCCGAGCAACUACUGCCGAAAACUCGGCUUACAGACUUCAGGAGGAAGUAGCCUCAUUAAAGGGCAGAGAAAAUCAGACAAAAGCAGAAGCAACAGCAGCAAAGAGCAGAAAGGCAACCGCGAAAGCCGCUCUUCAUAGGCUCAGGGCUGCCAUAGCUAAAGACAUGGCUACCUUGAAAGGACAGGCCGCUGCCAUAGCCAAAAGCUCAACUAGCCUAACUAAUCACGCAGUUGAUAUGGCGACGAAGUAUAGCAUUAACCUAACACAAGAGCAGACCUAA